AUGGAACCUUUACGCCUUAAGCCACGCCUGCCGGCGGCGGAGCCCGACAUCGAGAACUGGGACGAUGACGACUUCCAGAUUGAGUCCGACGACCUCACCUUUCGGAACACCUCCGCCUCCACCAAUGUAGCCCCGGCACGCCGUGAUUCCGCAUCAUCGCAUAUGUCUCUUCGUUCCGAACUUGAAUCCAUCAUGGACGAGGAGACGCACGUACACGUCCCGGGCGACGACGAAAAGUCAACCAUGGACGCUAUCGCCGCAGCCACACAGGCUGGCAUUCCGAUACCAAAGAACGUACCAUCAUCCGCCCUCAUGGGCGGCACUAUUAAACGACUAGGCGGACGGAAGAUCAAGAAGAUUAUUCAGGAUGACUGGGAGGACGACUUGGUGCUGCCAGAUUCGACACAGGGACUUCGCAUUAAGCCUCAGGACGCCUCCAAGUUCCCUGAUAUGCUGAGGCAAGUUAGUAGCGGCUCUAACCAAACCAGCCCUACAAAGCCCAUGAAGACCCCUCCGGCUGUUUCGCUACUGGACAGGAGAGAGUCGACAGACCGGAGAGAGUCGAUGGAGUCGAGGACGAGCACGUUGUCGGGUGCUAUCAACUUGGACCGAUUCCGCGACAACGACGAUGACGAUGACUUCUUCGGUGAUGGAUCGGAGACUAUUAAAGUUUCCAAGACUCGUCCACCCAAACCCAUUUCACUCAUCACUCCCCCAACCCCUUCAAGAAGCAACGACAAGCCGUUGGAUGACGACUUUGAAAAUGACUUUGAGCUGCCUAUGGAUGGCAAGUUGAGGCUCUCAACUCGCAAAGACAUUCCGAAGACCCCAUCAACACAGGCCGAUGACCUGGAUUGGGGGGAGGGAAGCCUUGGAACACGCUAUGGAGGCACUCGCAGAGACGCUCGCUCUAACAGAAGCUCGUCUGUAUCUGCCAUGAGCCCCAGCGUGUCGAGCUCAUUCACGGCAGAGAGUGAGGAUGAGACUUUUGAUGGUCUCAUCCUGCCCAGCGGCCCCGUCAACUUCAAUGAGAGACUCAACAGAAGAAAGCUCAGUCGGUCACCUGUACGACUGGUUGAGGAAGAGCCGCCCAACCUGAAGACACCCAAAGCCGAAAUCGAGGCAGAAGAUCUAUUGGACGGUCUCGACGUCGGCGACGGCGACGUGUUCAACCCAGGCAAGCUUACGCUGCACCGCAACAUUCGACUCAACAACAACCGCCCUCCCAGUCCGGCACGUCCCAAGACCGCUGUAUCUCUUACCUUUUCAAACAAAGCGGCACCAUCGCGGCUCCCGCGGCCAAGUCAUGAGCGGACCAUGUCUGCACUGGAACCCGUAUCUGAAAGCGGUGGGCCCAUCCUCUCCCGCUCGCGAAGGUCUCAGUCUCGCCUCGGUCACCAGUCUCAGUCCUCGGUCACCAGCGUCCACAGCAUGCCGACUCCUACUACGCCUUCUCCUCUGCUCCCUGCUACUCCUCGGAGAAGAGAGCUUGGCUCAAAGACAUCGGCUACAUCACUACGCAAUGAGCCUACAACGACGAACUCGCAGCUGUUGAGGUUUAAGCGGUCCCUCCCAGCCAUGAAGCCGUCUCAUUCACCCGCUAAGCCCGGCGUGUCGCGAUUUGACAGGCCGCCUUCGAGAACUGAGGGCAACCGCCAGCAAUCAGGUGUGCGCCCGAAAACACCAGUCGAGAGGACCCGCCCUUCCACGACAGAGAGCUAUGCUGCUCAGCAACGACGGCCGUUCCUCCCUGCUGGGGCUUCACAAUCCCAGUCGCAGCACGUGACUACGAAAACUUCUCGCACGUUCCGGCGCCAUGAUUCCGAGAAUGCUCUGGACUUGCGGCCGACGUCGAGAGCCUUCUCCAGAUCGACGAUCCGUUCGCCUAGUCCUAAGAGACUCAAUCGCCAUUCGGAUCAUAUUACCGGCGAUGCUUUUUCCAGCCUGUCUUUCCGGAACAUGACCAAGCCUCACCGGAGCCGAAAUUUCGGUGAUGGUCAUGAACUGGACGGAUUUGAUGACUUGCCCACGUCGGCUCAGUCAGAGGCCAAAUUUAUCCGACAUCCUGUCAAGGCGCCGAUUCGCAACAAAAUUUACCAAACUUUGCAGGCCGAUCGGACUAGCACACCGUCCCCGGCCCCAGCAUCGUUUUCCUCCCCUGCGAAAUCGGAUUACACGCCCCAUUUUGCCCGUGAUACCCAGGCUAGCCGAAUCGCUCGGGAGACCUCGCUUGCCCAGCGAGCUCCAUCAGGCCCACUGGCGCCUCUCACUUCGUCACGCGUCUCGCAACUGUCGUCGUCGAGAAACAAUUUCAGCCCCGGGAUGCCGCAGCCUUCGGUACGAUCAAAGAAGAAGAGGAAUCCUCCUCAAUUGAAACCUCAUCUCAUUUCGAACAUGAACAAAGAGAAGACACCACAGCAUCUUCAGGGCAUGUUUUACAACCCCGACACGUACCGUUGGGAAGGCAACGAAAAUGUUCUGAACGCGUUCGACCCACCUUCGGCUUCGUCGCCAUCGACAGCAUCAUUACCACCUCACAUGAUGCGAGAUAAGGAAACGUCCACCACUCCCCGACCGGCUUUAAUUACGAACAUCAGCCACACGAAGGGCGUGCAGGUUGUGGGGGGAAUGGUCUUCGACCCUCAGAACAUGUGCUGGCUGAAGCUUGGUCCACAGACAAAUCCCAAGUCUGAAAUCUCCGAUCCCAUGGACGGCUUCAAUGCCCUAGAUGAUGACGAAGAUGUCUUCAAGGACAUCCCAGACCUCGAGGAAAAUAACCAGGGCGACUCAAAAGAUACCGGCCGCGUCAGCGAAGUUAAGGACGAGUGGCUGGUCGGCGAAGAGUUUGACGUCGGCCCAGAGUUUAUCCGCAGACAGCGGGAAGAAGAAGACCGGUGGAGGAAAAAGUGCGAGAAGUGGCUUGGUGUCGGCGACCGAGAUCGCGACGCUUGGCGAUGGGCGAUUCGCGACAUUCUACUAUACCAGAGGGCUGCCCAGUAG